AGAACAACAACACACACUCACCCGGACCGGUUGGAACCGAGAAAAGAUCGAUCAUCAUGUGUAGUAACGGGGCCAGUAACGGGACCAGCGACAUGCUUCAGAUCCAGUUCGGUUUGAUCAACUGCGGGAAUAAAUACCUAACGGCUGAAACGUUCGGAUUUAAAAUCAACGCCUCGGCCACAAGUUUGAAGAAGAAGCAGAUUUGGACCCCUGGAGCAGAGCGGGAGGAGGCUGCCGGUAAUGUGUUCUGUCUCAAGUCGCACCUGGGUCGUUACAUAGCGGUGGAUAAAGACGGGAACGUUACCGGGGAUAGUGAGAGUUCUGGACCCGAGACCCGGUUCAUCAUCACGGCUCACGACGAUGGGAGAUGGUCUCUGCAGUCAGAGGUCCACGGCAGAUAUCUGGGAGGCACAGAGGAUCGGAUCAGCUGCUUUGCCCAGGUAGACUGCAUCGUGGCUGAAAAAUGGAGCGUUCACAUUGCUAUGCACCCUCAGGUGAACAUCUUCAGCGUGACCAGGAAGCGUUAUGCCCACCUGUCCUCUAAGGUGGGCCGAGGUCUCUAUAGACCGAGGCGUCCCGUGGGGAUGGACUCCCUAAUCACCCUGGUGUUCCGAGACCACUACCACCUGCAGGCGUCUGAUAACCGCUUCCUGAAGAACGCGGCAGCUGGAGGCCACGCCCGACAGACCACCGGAUACACGCUGGAGUUCCGCUCUGGGAAGGUGGCGUUCAGGGAUUGUUUUGGCCGCUACCUGGUGCCGUCGGGGCCGAGCGGGACCAUGAAGAGUGGGAAGAGCAGCCGCGUGGGGAAGGAUGAGAUGUUCUCUCUGGAGCAGACCCCUCAGGUGGUUCUCACCGCCGAAAGCGAGAGGAACGUCUCCACCAGGCAAGGCAUGGACCUGUCGGCCAAUCAGGAUGAGGAGGGAGACCAGGAAGUGUUCCAGGUGGAGAUGAGUCGCGAGACAGGAAACAGGAAGUGUGCGUUCCGGACCGCCGCCGGGAAGUACUGGACCCUCACCGCCUCUGGAGGACUGCAGUGUACCGCCUCCUCUAAGACUGCUAACUGCUACUUUGACAUGGAGUACUGUGGUAAGAAGCUGACUCUCCGUGCCGCCAACGGGAAAUACGUGGCCGCCAAGAAGAACGGCCAGCUAGCCGCCACCGUCGACGCUGCCGGUCAUCGGAGGGAGUUCCUGAUGAAGCUGAUUAACCGUCCAAUCAUAGUCCUCCGUGGGGAACACGGCUUCAUCGGGUGUCGUAAGGUCACAGGGACCCUGGACUCUAACCGUUCCUCCUACGACUACUUUACCCUGACCUUCAGAGAGGGGGCCUACAGCUUACAGGACUCGACUGGGAAGUUCUGGAUGGUGGGCAGCGAGGCGUCGGUGGUGAGCAGCAGUGACGCCCCCGUCGACUUCCUGUUAGAGUUCUGCGACUACAACAUGCUAUCCGCUCCGUCGCCGAGGAAGUAUCUCCACGGCGACCACGCUGGUGUCUUGAAGGCCAACGCCGACAACCUGGAGACCGCCACGCUCUGGGAGUACUGACCUCCCCGACCCUGUUACUACGGCAAUGCAGCACAGCACCCCCCAACUCCUUCCUCCCUCCCCUCCCUCCCCUCCCUCCCCC